CUGGACUACAAUAUUUGGCCGAAAAUGCUCAUAAAUUACCAACAACCAAAGGAGGAUGGUAUUUUUAUCAUAAAAGAAAAAAUUAUCGAAUAAUUAUUGGUGGUAUGAAAAGUGGUGUACGUUUAGCGAUGAAAACGAGCUUAGUAUGUUUAACAUUCACGGGACUGGAAGCUAUGUUAGAUGAAGUUAGGAAAGAAAAUGAUAUUCUGAAUUCGUGUGGAGCCGGACUUACUACAGCUUUGAUCGUUUCGGGACUAU